AUGGCCCUUCGUGAAUCCAUCAUCUUCAAUGUCUUGAACGGUGUCUUGGAUACGCUCCUCAUCCUGGUUACUCUCGCCUUUCUCGGUCUGGCCAUCAUGGCGAUGCGCCUCGAGGAUACUUCGACUGAGACAUCGUUGGGAUCUCGCUUUGAGGAGGCAAUGAAGCUUGCGCCGACCAUCUACCCCCUUUUGUUUGCAGCAAUUAUCGGGCGAGCUCUAAAAGGGAUUGGGCGCUUUCGAGCAGAGCGUGGCUCGCAAAUCUCGACUCUUUGGCCCUUGUUCAACAAUAAGACCAUGUUCGACGCCGUUAUCAGCCAAUGGCAGCUGGGACAAGUCAGCGUCGUCGCAUCGGGUCUCGUUAUCUUGUGGGCCUUGUCACCGCUCGGCGGCCAAGCGGCGUUGCGGCUGGUAUACCGGACCAACUUGACCAGUAUCGCGACCCAGGAUCUCAGAUACCUCGAUACUGGUACUCUGGGGAACGUGUACGCAUUCCAGGCCGUGAUGGCGGAGAAUGACGUCGAAAAGGACGCUGCAGGGAUCCCGAGUACCAUGCCGACUCUGUACGAAGCCGCCUUGAUGCAAGCCGCAACCAUCAAGCGAGGGCCGGUGGACAACUGGGGAAAUAUAAAGAUACCGCGCGUGGACCAGUUGAACUCGUCUAUGGCCGACCCAGACGGCUGGAUCGAUAUCGGCAACGAGACCUCGGUAGAGUCGUAUUAUUCUCUCCUCGGCCUGCCCAUCGUCAACCUUCCCACCGAAGGCGUCGCCGAGUUCACCGUCGAGUCCGUCUAUGUCGCGCUCGCGGCUGCAUCACACCGAUCGUUUGGCCCGCCUCGUAUCAAUAACGUGACCAACAGACUGUUCGCCGGCUUGGAAAUCACCUGCCCAGACUGUAUCAACCGAUUCCAAAACUCGCGUACUAGCGAAAACAACACGAUAAUGCAGACUCGACAGAGGAUGCUCUGGGGCCCUCCGUAUCCCCAGCCCGACGCCGCAGAGUUGGCAGAUGUGGCGAACUCGGGAGCCCGCUCCAUCCGAUUCGACUCUGGCACGACCGGCGAGGGGUCGUCUUUGACCGGCAUGUCUACAGUGAUGUGCACGGUGACCCAGCACUUUGUCGAGGCAGACAUACGCUGCGUCUUUGGGAGUUGCAGAGCAGAACGGGUCCGAGUCUCAACCACAGACCAUCGGCACCCCAACAUAACGACCUUCGACUGGUGGGGUACCUCUGCUCUGGACAUGAUCUCGGUCCUAAGCAGUUCGUACUCGUCGACAGUGUCGAGUUCCUCCGACCUGUUUAUGAACGACAGCAACAGCAGUCCCACAAAACCAGCCUUCCAAACCCCUCUCAAGAGCAUGGUAAACAUAAGCUUGGCGGAUCCGCAAAUCUUUGCAGACCGCGCGACGAUGCUCCUCAACACGGCCCUCCAAAUCUUCAUGGCGCCCUCGGGCUUCACGGGGGACUUGCCGAAAUCCGACAUGUCAGUCUACGGACUCCCCCAUAUCCCCGCAGACGGAGUCAUCGUAGGGUCAGAGGCUAUCAACCACGAUUCUUCGGUCCCGAACGACAUUGGGAUGCUGGUCCAGACGAGCAACAAGAUGGCGCCAUUCGUCGCAGCCAACACCACUGCAAAGGUGACGACCUUCAAUGAGGUAUACAAGCCGGACCGCGCGUGGGUCGCUGUGCUGAUCCUCUCGUCAACCGUGCUCCUCAUCACCGGGGUCUCAGGGAUGUUCCUGGGCAGUCGAACGCGAGCCCCGGACGUCUUCGACCCCCUGAUGGGCCUGACAUACAACAAUCCUCACCUCAACGUCCCCGGACAUGCCAGCACCCUGAGUGGCAGUGAGAGAGCGAGGCUGCUCUCUGGUGUGACGGUCCGCCUAGGAGACGUCCGGCCUUGCGAUGGGGUCGGCAAAAUCAGCCUUGGACAGAAAGCAGAUGUCCAGCAGUUGAGCAAAGGGAGGCUAUAUGAAUGA